GCCCACAAGAAAUAGUAGUGGCUGUGAUUUCUCGUCGAGAGAGAGCGAGGCCGAACGGUGGGCUUCACCCCUCCAGCUCCCGCAAUCGCCAUUGCAGACGAGAGAGAGGUUGAGAUGCGGAGGAGAGGUGGUAGCUCUGGGGAUGAUUCGUUGGCGUUCUUGACGCGUCGUCGGUGUCGCUUGAGAAUUCGAUGAGUUAUGAGAUACUUCUUGGAUCAAGUUGAGCGAUUGGUUGGAUAUAUGGAAGGUGGAUGGAUGAUUCAUGUGGCGGAUUUUAAGUCCAAGUGUCCGCGGUUGCUUUCCACACCCCCGUUCUCUGCUUCGGAAGUUUCAGAUCUUGAAAUGGAAGAAAAAUCUUGCGGAGAAAACAUGGUUGCGAAGGUGAGGAAGCCGUAUACUAUUACAAAGCAGAGGGAGAAGUGGACAGAGGAGGAACACAACAGGUUCCUGGAAGCCCUAAAGCUCUAUGGGAGGUCAUGGCAACGCAUAGAAGAGCACAUUGGUACAAAAACUGCAGUGCAGAUCAGAAGCCAUGCACAGAAGUUCUUCACAAAGUUGGAAAAAGAAGCUCUCAUUAAAGGUGUUUCCCCAGGACAAGUUCAUGACAUUGAUAUCCCCCCUCCACGUCCUAAAAGGAAGCCAAGCAAUCCAUAUCCAAGAAAGAUGAGCACAGGAGUUCCUUCGCCCUCUCCCUCUGCAGAAGCUACAGAUGACAAACCACCAACACCUUCCUCUCUCCAACCCACAAAUCAGCAUUCCUUUCGCUUGGAAAGUGAUGCAGCCACAGAGCGUCUUGCCGCAAUGGAAACAGUGGCAGCUAAAGAGAAUUUUGAAGAUGGCAAUCGCUCAGAAGUUAUUGACAUCAAUCAAGAUGUGCCAUCUGCAUCCUUCUUUACGGAAUUCAUCCCCACAAGUGAGGCAUCAAAGAAAGAGAAGAUCACAGUUGAUAAAUCUUUAUUGCUUUCUGAAGUGAAUGAGGAGGCAGUGAGGGGUAGGAUGUGGUUUCUCCCAAGAAGCUGCACAAGUACACAAACCAACUUUGCUGAAGCAAGUGAACACAAAUCAGAUCAACAUAUUCUAUCAUCGAGCCUCUCUACCAAAGGUAACCCAAAUGGCCCAAAUCAAGCACAUUUUUUCAUCGGAAAAGACAUGCAGAACAGAGACACUGAUGCACAGAAGAACCAUACCAUCGUUGCUGCUGGUGCUGCUGACCAAGGAGGAGAUGCCACUGCUAACCCAUCCAUGACAGGUCACUUGCAGCAUCAGCUUCCGUGGUUCUCACCAUUGACCCAAUGCCAGAGCAACCAGGAUGCGUGUGACUCCUUCCUCAACAUCUCAUCCACAUUCUCAACUCUCAUUAUUUCCACCUUGCUACAGAAUCCAUCAGUCCAUGCUGCAGCAUGCCUGGCAGCAUCAGUCUGGCCAUCCCCUGAGGUGGACACUUCUCUUCAUUCAAGUCCACCGGUGCAUAUGAAGCCAUCUCCGACCAUGACGCCUGUUGUUGCCGCUACAGUGGGAGCUGCAACUGCAUGGUGGGCAGCUCAGGGAGCCUUGCCAUGGUUUCCACAUUUCACUUUUGCCUUCACUUCAGCACCUCCAACCCGAGCUCAACCUGUGGAGAUGGUCCAAGAGCCAGAACGACGACAUGAUGCCUCCUUUCGUAAGCCUCUGAACCCAGAUUUAUCUGAUGAACCACAGUGUCAAACUUCACCUAUACCACCAUCCUCAGAUUCCGAUGAGAGUGUAAGAGAUGAAUACUCUAAUUGCACAGAGGUAAAAGCUUCGGAAAUUAACAACUCCCCACCGUUACUAGCUGGUGGAGUUAAUGAUUUGAGGAGCAAAAGGAAGCAACAUCUUUCUUGUGGAUCCAAUGACACAGCCAACAACGAGACAGUUGACAAAGAGGCUGAAGAAGCCUUCACAAAUACUUCAGCUCCCGAAAUCAACCACCGGAGACUUAGAAGCAGUGCAAGCACGGACGAGCCAUGGAAAGAAUCUGAAAAGGGUCAGCUUGCCUAUGAAGCACCUCUGAAAAGAGAUCUGCCCCGAAGCUCUUCUCCUCUGCAUGCUAAAGAUGCACAAACAAAGGUGAGGAGCGACAGAGAUAGCAGCAUGUUGCCAGCUAAUCUUUCCGAGAACGCAGGUUUGGAAACUGACCUUCUUCAUCCACAUUGUCUCAAGAAGGAAGAGAUGAGUAAGGAAAUCAACGGCAGCACUGGACAAAGCUCUGUAACUAAUGAUUUCCGACAUGGGAAUUCCAUGUCUAGUCGGACGGGAUUCAAACCAUAUAAGAGGUGCUCAGUGGAAGCGAAGGAGAGCAAAGCAGUAUCCGGAGAAGAAACCGGGAACAAGAAGAUACGUCUGCCAGAGGAAGCUUGAAAUCUGAUGGCACGGUACCAUACAUACACAGCUCAAGAAGUAACGAACUCUUUGAAGCUUCAGAAACUCUAAAAAUAUGUCGUGUUGUCGUAAUCUUAAUCAAUUAAUUCAUUAAGCAGCCCACGUAACUGCUAAAAGCUUGCAUUCCGGUUGGACUAAGCCAAAGCCUUUUUAAUCUUUUUGUUACAUAUAAUAUAUGAUUGAGCAUUUACGUA